ACCACAUCUAUACCAAACUCCAUCGCAUUCUUUUCUCAAGCAACAACUUGCAAUCAACGUGGUGUUCGCAAAUUUCCUAAAGCUGCCGCAAGAACUGCGAGAUCAAAUAUGGUCUGAAGCUGUGGCACUUCAAUGAUCAUUGACACCCUACCCGAACUAUGCACUACCCCUCAUGCUGAGCGUCAGCGACAAGCGUUAAUGGGCUACGAUGACUUACCAGGUUCUAAAAAAAGACAGCAUCUUAGACUCCAUGUCUACGCUUCCAACCAAUUGGAUGAAUUUCGCCUCGGUGAGAAUGACUUCCAGACACUGGUCAACCGCCUUCCUGUCGCUACCAGCUGUCAUGAAGCGCGCGCAAUCGUAAUCAAGGUUCUUCGCGCGCGGACUACAUUCCUAGACCUGUUCUGUACCAUUGAAGACGAGCUCCGCAAUGGAAGGUUGAUCCUGGAGCCCUUGUUUACAGACAUGACAACGGUUAUGGUAACUACCUCAAGAGGUCACCCAGAGGAUGCUCCAGAGGGAUUCGAUUCUCCACAUCAAGUUGUCGACGUCAUUACUCGUGUGUUUGGCAGCGGCGUCAAGAAGAUUAUCUGGAGCGCUUGGUGCCAGCCUGGAUUUGCGAUGACUGAUAUCUAUUCGCCUCAUACUCCACACGUGGACAAUGCAGACGAGGAUGGAUGGAGUAUGAUCGAUAAGUCAGGCCAUGGGGCCACCACCCAUUUCAUGUCACCGGACCGCGUUCUGCAUGUCGAAACAGAGCUCUACAAAGCGGCAAUUCCAGAUGGAAGUCAGUGGUGGGAUACAAGAGUGUUGUAUCGGCAUACCCUCAAGAUCUCUGAGCUUCUGAGUGCUGCGGCGAUACGUUUGCCGCAGCUACAACAGGCUGAGCUUAGGAUGCGCACUUCUUCUUGGGGUGAACAACUUGAGACGAACCUCGAAACAACAUACAAGGAUAAUGUGAUUUGGAUUGGGGCAAACAAUUUGAACACUGCGCCCUCCCAUUGGUUUUCUCGCGACCAGUAGAGCAUAUCCCCGUCACCGUCUUCCUCAAUGUGCAGCAGUAGACUCCACCCAGUAGUUUCAAUAUACCCCAAUACACUGCGACCCCCAUUGAAGGACCUGUUAGUCUACUUAAAGGUUGGUUUUGCACUUCACUAGUCGUGCACACUCGGGUUGCGGGCCACGGAAGGUCUAAAGGCGGUCUAUGUAACGCCGAGUAAGAGCUCUGAGCGCGAGAAGUAUUGGAAUGGCGCAUAGGGGCUGAUAAGCAGAUUCAUACACCGUUGCGCCUGGUGUUGAAGCAAGAUUUGUGGAAGAGACGCGUCGAUAAGGCGCGUUGCUGGACGUUUAGACCCACCAGCCUCGGCUCAAGCGCUGGAAGAGCUGUGAUUCGGCAGCCUUGCUGGCUCCGCAUCCAGGACGCCGCUACAGCUGCUGGGAAUCCUGGCCCGUCACAACAAUCCCAGCAGAU